UUUCUACUUCCUCGCUCUCUGCCGCAACCCUAGCGGAAUCAAGAUGCGUGAGAUCCUCCACGUCCAGGGCGGCCAGUGCGGCAAUCAGAUAGGGGCCAAGUUCUGGGAGGUGGUGUGCGCGGAGCACGGGAUCGACCCCACUGGUCGCUACGCCGGCGACAAUGAGCUCCAGCUCGAGAGGGUGAACGUGUACUACAACCAAGCUAGCUGUGGCCGCUUCGUCCCCAGGGCGGUGCUCAUGGACCUAGAGCCCGGCACCAUGGACAGCGUCCGAUCCGGCCCCUACGGGCAGAUCUUCCGCCCCGACAACUUCGUCUUCGGCCAGUCCGGGGCCGGUAACAACUGGGCCAAGGGGCAUUACACUGAGGGCGCCGAACUCAUUGAUUCGGUGCUCGAUGUCGUCAGGAAGGAAGCUGAGAACUGCGAUUGCUUGCAGGGUUUCCAGGUUUGCCAUUCACUUGGAGGUGGGACUGGUUCUGGCAUGGGGACGCUCCUCAUCUCCAAAAUAAGAGAAGAGUAUCCAGAUCGUAUGAUGCUAACGUUCUCGGUCUUCCCUUCACCAAAGGUAUCUGACACGGUAGUCGAGCCCUAUAACGCGACUCUUUCGGUCCACCAGCUCGUCGAGAAUGCCGAUGAGUGCAUGGUGUUGGACAAUGAAGCUCUGUAUGACAUUUGCUUCAGAACUCUUAAGCUCACCACUCCCAGUUUCGGCGAUCUGAACCAUCUGAUUUCGGCCACCAUGAGUGGGGUCACUUGCUGUCUCCGAUUCCCCGGACAGCUCAACUCUGACCUCCGAAAGCUCGCCGUCAAUCUCAUUCCUUUUCCUCGUCUUCACUUCUUUAUGGUCGGCUUCGCUCCUCUCACCUCCCGCGGGUCGCAACAAUACCGUGCUCUCACCGUCCCCGAGCUCACCCAACAAAUGUGGGACGCCAAGAACAUGAUGUGUGCUGCCGAUCCCCGUCACGGCCGCUACCUCACAGCUUCAGCCAUGUUCCGUGGCAAAAUGAGCACAAAGGAGGUGGAUGAGCAGAUGCUGAAUGUGCAGAACAAGAACUCCUCUUACUUCGUCGAAUGGAUUCCGAACAACGUGAAGUCUACAGUCUGUGAUAUCCCUCCGACUGGAUUGAAGAUGGCAUCUACGUUCAUUGGCAACUCGACAUCCAUCCAAGAGAUGUUCCGGCGCGUCAGCGAGCAGUUCACGGCCAUGUUCCGAAGAAAGGCUUUCUUGCAUUGGUACACAGGCGAAGGGAUGGACGAAAUGGAGUUCACUGAGGCGGAAAGCAACAUGAAUGAUCUGGUCUCGGAGUACCAGCAAUACCAGGAUGCAACUGCAGAUGAUGUUGAAUACGAAGACGAAGAAGAGGAAGGCGAGUAUCAAGAGGACUGAUAUCGAAUUCUCUUCUAUUGGUUUGUCGUCAAUUUGUGUGAAUUUUGCAUUCAUACAGUUACCGGUCUCUCUUUUCUCUUUUCUCACUGUGCUAGCAAGGAAAAUGGAAGUGGAUGCUUUGGUAUGUUCCUUCUAAAUAUAUAAUUGUUCUUGAGUUUCCCACAA